AUGGCGUGCGCGGCGCCGCCAGCUGCCAUGGAGAUCGUGGCCGUAGCGAAGGACGGCGUCCACAUCUACCAGUACCAGCCCGGUGAUGAGGUGGGGCCGCCCGCGCACAGCUUCCCGGCGGUGCCCACGGCGGAGGGCUGCGUCUGGAGUGCGGACGGCGCCCUCCUGGCCCUCGUGGACCCGAGCACGGGGGGCGCCGUGGUCUACAGCGCGGCCGAGGAGUACGCGGAGCUGUGCAGAGUGCCGCCGCUGACUGGAGACCAGAUUAGGAACAUGUAUUUCUCGCCGGCCGGCAACCACUUAGUCACGUACGAGCGCUAUGUGAAAGAUGCGGGCAACAACGUGGGUGUCUGGAACGCCCGCACCGGUGAGUCCCGCUUCGCCUUCACCCUCAAGCAGCAGACGAGCAUGAACUGGCCGCCCCUGAAGUGGACGAGCCUGGAGACCCACUGCUGCCGCAUGGUCCAGGAUGGCGUGGUCAUAACCGGCGGCGGCUGCCAGAAGGGUGGGGACUCGAGCAAGAUCGAGGCUCCAGGCAUCAUGGCCUUCGAGGUCGCCCCUCGCGGAGCCGGGACCGGACCUCCGCACAUUGCUAUCUGCAUCGCCGAGUCCAAGGGCGCCCCGGCGAGGUGUCAGAUCUUCAACCUCGAGAGCCCCUCGCGGCCGACGGCUGUGAAGAAUUUCUUCAAGGCUCAGACCGUACAGAUGCUGUGGAACAACACGGGGUCCGCGCUGCUGGUGAAGAGCGCCACCGAGGUGGACGAGUCUGGCAAGAGCUACUACGGGGGCAACCACCUCUACUUUCUGAGGGCCGACGGCGAGGAGUCCUCCAUCGUGGCCAACCCGGACGAGGGCCUGAUCCACGACGUGUCGUGGAGCCCGACGCAGGCCGAUGGGGCGCCCGGGGGCACCUCUGGCAGUCGCGGCCUGUGCAUCGUGGGGUCGGCGACUGCAAUCUGGGCCUACUGGGCCGGAGGAUCGCGCCGCUGGGAGGCCUCUAUACAAUGGGUGUGA